AUGCAGCUUGAUCUUCUCCCACCUGAGUUGAUUCUCAAAAUAUUUAUCCAUCUCGAUUACAGAUCUCUUGUGUUAGCCAGAGAGGUCUGUACAUUAUUCUGCUCCUUGGUUGACGACCAUGCCACUCUCCAGUACAAGAUAGAACUCGCCUGCGCCAACAUGCAAGAUGGCCCGCCAAGCAAUCUCACUGCUGCGGACCGCCUCUCUCUACUCAAACGCCACCAGAGUGCUUGGAACACGCUUCAGUGGACAUCGUCCCAGGAAGUCAGCAUGAAUACCGGGCGAGUCUGGGAGCUAUACGGCGGCGUGCUUGCUCAAUCUCGUGACCCAAGUAAUCUCAGCUUCAGAACGCUUCCAUCCCAGCUCAGAGGCGUCGAAGAACAGACAUGGAACAUCACGUUUGAGCAUACCAUCAUCAGAGAUUUCGCUAUGGACCCUUCCCAAGAUCUGUUGGUCUUUCUCGAGCCUCCGGAACGGAUAUUCAUGAACCCAGACGUGGGUGUGGAAAUUCGAACUAGAAUUCGGUUACGUUCCUUGUCCACAGGUGGAUGUCAUCCAGCAGGACCCGACACGGGACUUUUGAUCCACUCCACGUGUACACCGGAGAUAACGAGAAUGUCAUUCUCAAUAAUGAUACACGCCGACUAUGUGGCGAUCCAUUAUAUGAGCAACGUUGAGUCCAAUCCAGAGCUUGAAGUCUGGAACUGGAAAACCGGAGAAUCUGUUAUGUGUGUGCAUGGUGACAGGAUACGGACGGCAUCGUUCCUCGGAGAGCACUACAUGCUGGUUGGCGGCUGGGCUCCCGGUGCGUCUCAGUGCAGCCUUUAUGUGUUGGACCUGCAUAAGGUUUCUGGGACGCACCUCCUGGAGGAAACCAGCUAUACCUGCGAAUUUCUUUUCCCCCAGUUCGAUCACUGGACUAGUCAACUUGCCUUCUCUAUUCGCGCAGAUCCCGCUCCCUCGUGGCAACCCGAUCAGGCUAAAAGUGUGCCUUUCCAUAUUGCAUCCCAGAGUAGACUGUAUGUGAUCAUCACUCUUGUGAGGACGCCGGAACGCAUAUUCUCGUAUGAUCUUUUUGUGUUGUCCGACACAUUCCUUCGCCUCAUCGCUCAACUUGGACAUGACGAAGAACGCCGGCAGUUCUCUUGGGAGGAAUGGGGUCCUCAUGGAACUCGUUUGGUUCCAUCGUUGCCCCACUCGUCAGUCUGGGUAUGCUUUGUAUACGGGACCAAAUUUGCCACCAUAUUCCAGUCGGAUGGACUUCCAGAGCACCCUUCUGUUAUAGAAAUAUGGGAUUUCAACUCCGUCGGGAUAAGGAAGGGCCAUCUUGCAGGCGAGCAUUCUUUGGAAGAUGAAGAUAACAAGCAAGAUAAAACGUGGAACGUCCAAUGGCACAAAGGAGACACGAGCAUCGUGAGCGACGGUGCUUUUGUUGGCGACGUACGGACUAGACUCCCGUACCGGAUUGUCCGACGCACACUGCCAUCGUCGACUUUGGAAGACGGCGAUGAUCCUGAGGAUUCAUAUCACGAUCUCAUGUGUAGUGAAGACAACUUGAUUUUGGUCGAUGCAACAAGAAGGCAGUUCCGCAUCCUGUCGUUUUAAUGUCCAAUAGCGUUGUAGACGCGACCCGGACUUCGGAGUCCUUUAUAGACACACCGAGUUGGGAGCUUCUCCCUAGGAAAGGGUUCACUAGGUUAGGUACUGCUGUAUCUGCUGUGAGGCCAAUCCAAUGAACGUCCGUUUCAUGUUGAGUCUUCGGGCGGC